AUGGCCGACGCACAAAACAAGAAGACUAGCUCUUCAGCUAUUGAUGUCGCUGAUGCAACAGAUUCUGCCGCAAAGUUUGGCUCGAGACUUUUACAGGAUGAAGAGGCUGUGUUCAGUCAGAAUGCUUGGGAUCAUGUUGAAUGGGAUGAGGAGCAGGACAGAUAUGCUCAAGAAAGAAUUCAGAAACAUCUUUCUAGCCCAGUACCUGAAGAGGAGCAAGAGCAAUAUUAUGCGCAGCCAGCACACUAUUGGAACAACUUCUAUCAAAAAAAUGAAAACAGAUUUUUCAAGGAUCGUAACUGGUUGAGACUCGAGUUCCCAGAACUUUUUCUGACUGCUGACGCUGAUGCUGGAAAAAAAACUGUCUUUGAAGUGGGCUGUGGUGCCGGAAAUACCAUGUUUCCCCUUCUCCAAGAAAGCAAGAACCCAAACUUGUUUGUCUAUGCCGCUGACUUUUCGAGCACAGCUGUCCAGGUUGUUCAGAACAAUCCUAGCUAUGACACCUCUCGUUCACUUGCUUUUGUGUGGGAUUUGGCUAGUCCAGAUAUCCCUGAACAUAUUCAGCCUGAAUCGCUUGAUAUUAUUGUUCUGAUCUUCGUAUUGUCUGCACUGACACCCGAACAAUGGGAACAGGCUAUUACAAAUAUGUACAAGAUGCUGAAACCAGGAGGACUUGUCCUGUUUCGUGAUUAUGGUCGACACGAUCUUGCUCAACUGCGCUUCAAAGAAAAGCGUUUAUUGAAAGAAAACUUUUAUAUCCGAGGAGACGGAACUCGAGUUUACUUUUUUACACCCGAAGAAGUAGCUGGACUGUUUACAUCCAAGGCUUCCGAAGAAACUGGACCUCGGUUUGAGGUAGAGCAGAAUGCAGUAGACCGACGUAUGAUUGUGAACCGAAGCCGAAAGUUAAAGAUGUACCGAGUCUGGCUCCAAGGAAAAUUCAGAAAACUAUAA